AUGGAAGACAAUUGCACGAACCUGGUUGCUGGAGAGUCCUGCCAGCAGACCUGCGCGCAAGGCUUCCUCCCAGCGAGCGGCUCCUCAGCCAUUCACUUCGCCUGCGACCUGCAGGGCAACAUCAACAUCUCUGGCUCAAUGCCUCAAUGUGAGCAGAUCAAGUGCAACGCAAGCGUCCUCAUCCCCAACGUCGAGCACACGUGUAGCGAGGUGCUCUCCGGGGGUUCAUGCUUCGCCUUCUGCAGUGAGGGCUACCAGAUGCAGUCGAGUAAGGCUUCAGAGGAGUGGAGAUGCGCACAUUCAGACAGCGGCCUCAGUGCAGUGAGCACUGUGCCGAUGGUGGAGGGCUACACCCUGCGGGGCCUCGCACCCGUCUGCAGGCCUCUUGCCUGCCUCUACAAGAUGCCCAGCGGCUCUGAGUAUGAGCACAACUGCGAGAACAUCGGCACCAACUCCAGCUGCAACGUGACUUGUGCCGAGGGCUUCGAGGGAGGUGGGCAAGAGACCUGGACAUGUCUUCCGGACCGCUCCUUUGCCGGAAACCUUCCAACCUGUUUGGAGAUUACAAGCACUGCCACCACUUCGGUUACGUCCACGGUCACCUCGACGUCCGCGACCGCCACCUUCUCGACCACGCACACGGCUACGACCACGACCUUCUGGAAUGGCACCGUCUUGAUCACCGGCUACUUCGAAAUCACGCCGUCCCGCGAAGAACGCAGGCGGCUGAGAGAGAACGAUGCCUCAGUGUUGAAUAGCGAGUUCAUCAACGCCUCGGAGGUUGAAGAAGGGAUCGUUCUCGCCAUGGCCUCGAUUUUGAAUGUCAGUAGUGGCGCUGUUCACAUCAACCUGACCUUCGCAACAGAUGCCGAAACCAUGGACGAAGUGGUGAGAGUCUACUACCUUGCUUCCCGUGCAUUCCCUACGCCGGGGGAGGCAGACGACUUCACAAACUUUGUGCAGAACAAGCUGAGUUCCAUCACGUCGCAGGAGGUGCAAGAUGUCCUGAACACCAUGCUGGAAAGCACGGGCGCCGUGCUCCGGAUUGGCGCGCUACGGUCGAUGACUUUGUCCGUGAGUCGCGCGGAAGAGACCCCCACCAAGCUCGACAUCCGCAAGGCCCCGGAGGACGAGUCCGGCAUCAUCUGGUACGUCGGCUUGAUUGGCUGCAUCUUGGUGAUCAUGGGCUUGUCGGGCUUGCUCUGGUACUUCAUCUACAAGAGUCGUAAGGAGGAGGAGGAGGAGAAGGCCGCGCAGGACCCCGCGAAGAAUGACGGCAGCGAGACGACGGUGGUCAUCGACGAGCCCGCUGAACCCUCUGAACCCAUUGCGGACAACGAGGCGAAGGUCAUGGUCAAAGAUCAGCCCGCUGAAGCCGAAGGCUUGCGACAGGCAGGUGCUGACCCAGCCACCGAGCUCGAGCUCCAGCCCUUCUCCGAGGACCCCACGGACGAGCCGAUGCAAGUCCGGGAGAUAUGA